AUGGAGAGACUUGCUAAGACCGAGGCUGAAACAGAUGCGGAAGCUAGGAAGAAGGCUGAAGAGGCUGGCGAUGAGGCUCUGAGUAAGAAGACUGAGGAGAUCGAGAUUUCAGAGGACAAGGAUGAGCCUGUUGUCGUUAAUGAGCAUCACAACGGUCGCGACGACGCGGUCAUUUCUGUCUCGACUGGCUCGCCUCACCUGACCCUGAGUCAAUGGGCUCUGCAGCCGAAGGUACUGGAGAGAAACAAGAAGUUCCACCCGUUAGCGGAGGCCCUCCUGCUUCCGUCAAGGAAGAAGAGCCUCUCUCCAUCCCCCCUCGCCCAGCCUACGACUCAACAGGUGAAUCCUCCGACUCCCCCGUCGAAGAAUGGGAAGCCCUCUACAGCAGCGACUACAUAG